AACACACUUUCAGUUCUAUAUAUAAUCCAUGCUCCUUCAUCAUUCUUCCAUCCCACCAUUUCUUUCUCUUCUUCAAUUUCUCUCUCUACUGCAAUUUUACCAUGGCCACUGCAGAGGUUGUAACACAGGAGGCAGCGCUCCAAGAAGAAGUAACAGAGGUGGAGGUACCACCGUUGAAGGUUGAAGAAGAGGCACCGGCGGAGGAGGUGGCAAAAGAAGAAGCGGCUGAAGUGGCUGAACCCCCUGUUGCAGUUGAGACCAAGGAAGUAGUAGCAGAGGAGGAAGAAGAAGAAGAGGCAAAGGAGGAGGUUGUGGAAGAGAAAAAAGAAGUAGAAGCAGCUGAAGUUGAGGCGGAAGAAAAAGAGGAAGCGGCAGCUGAGUCGGAGCCGGCGGUGGCGGCGGAGGAGGAGGAGGAGGAGGCCAAACCAGAGGCUGAGCCAGCGGCGGAAGAAGAGGCCGUUGAGGUGAAAGAGACGGCUGCAGAAGAAGCAGAGGAGAAACCGGCUGAAGAAGAACAGGCAGCUGAGAAGGCCGAGUGAAGUUGUGUAGAGUGUGUGUGUGUAUGUCAUGUUUAAGCGGUUGAUUGAGUGGGGAAGGGAGUGAAUAAGGCAAGAGGGUUAUAGGGAUUAGGGGAACUUGUCUUUCUUUAUGUGGAUGUUUGUUUGGAAUGCAAUAUUUUUGCUUCUCAUAAUGUGUUUUGUGUACUUCAUAUAGCUUUGUGUAAGCUUUUAAGUGUCGGGUUAAUAUCGUGUUUGGCUUUACCGUUCUCGACGAUUAAAAGAGCAAGCUCUUCUUUCAAUA